GCCACCGGGACAGGGGCGGGGCCAGAGGCGGGCGCGGCGGCCACGUGGGGCAGCGCCGCGGGUACUCCUAUUGGCUGGACUGCACGGCCUACUAAGCUUUCGCCGCGCGCCGAUUGGCCAGCGCUGGGCCGGCGGAAUCCUCGGAGCGGCGGCGGCGGCGAUUGUUGCUAAGGGAGGUGACGCGCCGGGAAGCGCGGCCCGAGCGGCAGACGGCACUAAGCUCCGCCGGCCUGGGGCGCUGACUCCUUUGGGACCCUCCCCCCCCGACCGCGGUGUCUUGGUCGCCGCCUGCCGCCCUUGAAAGAAGCCGAAAGUGCUGUCCCCACCCCCGGAAGGCGCCCCAACGAGCCGACGCGACCCCGGAGCGCCACUGGGAUUCUUGAUUCGCCAUUUGCUCCUGGGACCUUCUCGAAGGGAACACGCGCUGCCUUUCGUCCCUAGUGGCCCCCCCGAAGACCCUGGUUCGGGGAGCCCCUGCCCUGUCCUGCCCGGAGGUGCGGCGAGGAUUGGCGGCGCCCCGAGGACCCCAGCCCCCUAGCGCGGGCAGGGGAUGGAGCCGCAGCCCGGCGGCGCCCGGAGCUGCCGGCGCGGGGGCCCCGGUGGUGCCUGCGAGUUAGGCCCGGUGGCGGAUGUGGCGUCCAUGAGCCUGGCCAUCCACAGCACGACGGGCACCCGCUACGAGUUGUCUGUGUCCCCCGACGAGACGGUGGAGGGGCUGCGAAAGAGGCUGUCCCAGCGGCUCAAAGUACCCAAGGAGCGCCUGGCGCUGCUCCACAAAGACACCCGGCUCAGUUCGGGGAAGCUGCAGGAGUUCGGCGUGGGGGAUGGCAGCAAGCUGACUCUCGUGCCCACCGUGGAGGCGGGCCUCAUGUCUCAGGCCUCAAGGCCAGAACAGUCUGUGAUGCAGGCCCUGGAGAGCUUGACAGAGACCCAGCCCCCAGCGGCGCCCGGGCCGGGCCGGGCUGGCGGAGGCGGCUUCCGGAAAUACCGAUUCAUUUUAUUUAAGCAUCCGUGGCACCGACAGGGACCCCAGAGCCCAGAGAGGGGCGGCGAGAGGCCCCAGGUCAGUGACUUCUUGUCGGGCCGCUCGCCACUGACCCUGGCUCUUCGAGUGGGUGACCACAUGAUGUUCGUCCAGCUUCAGCUUGCGGCCCAGCACGCCCCGCUGCAACACCGCCAUGUGCUGGCUGCUGCUGCCGCUGCAGCUGCCGCCACCCGUGGGGACCCCAGCAUGACUACCCCCAUGUCCUCUCCCUGCCGGCCACUGUCCAGUGCCGCCCGAGUUCCCCCAGUGCCCACCAGCCCUGCGCCUGCAUCCCCCUCACCUGUGACAGCCGGCUCCUUCCGUUCCCACUCGGCCCCCACCACCUGCUCCGAGAUGGACUGUUCCCCUGCUACCAGCACCCGGGCCAGCCCCACAUCCACCCCUGGGAGCAGCCCCACCUCCCGUUCCCGCAAACCUGGUGCCAUUAUCGAGAGCUUCGUGAACCACGCCCCGGGGGUCUUCUCAGGGACCUUCUCUGGCACGCUGCACCCCAACUGCCAGGAUAGCAGCGGGCGGCCACGACGGGACAUUGGAACCAUUCUGCAGAUCCUCAAUGACCUCCUGAGUGCCACAAGGCACUACCAGGGAAUGCCCCCAUCACUGACCCAACUGCGAUGCCACGCCCAAUGUGCACCAGUCUCACCCGCCGCAGACCUCGCCCCCAAAACUACCUCCUGUGAGAAGCUGGCAGCCACAUCUCCGGCCUCCCUGAGCCAGGCCCGCCUGGGCAAGCCCACGGGGGACCGGCUGCGGCAGACAGAGAACCGAGCCACCCGCUGCAAGGUGGAGCGCCUGCAGCUGCUGCUCCAGCAGAAACGGCUCCGCAGAAAGGCCCGGCGGGAUGCCCGUGGCCCCUACCACUGGCCACCCAGCCGCAAGGCUGGCCGCAGUGACAGCAGCAGUGGAAGCAGCAGUGGCAGCCCCAGUGAGGCCGCGGGCUUGGGCCUUGACUUCGAGGAAUCUGUCUGGAAGCCAGAAGUCAACCCUGACAUCAAGUCAGAGUUCGUGGUUGCCUAGGAAUCUUGUCCCACGCCCCUCCCCAGGGUGGCUGAGAGUAUUGCCCAGCUCAGGAGGGCAGGCAGUGGGCACUGCAGGAGGCCCCUCCCUCCCUCUCUGGCCAGCAUUCUUCUGUUUUUUUAUUUUAUUUUAUUUUUAUUUCAUUUCUCACCACGAUUUUCCAAACCCUCCUUUGCCUUGGGUUCCUGCCUCCUCGGUUCAGCUCACACCUCCCCACCUUCUCAUCAUUUCCUCUGUUGCCCUGCCUCAGCCACACAGGGUCCUCCCUGCCCAUCUCCCCAAGCUCCACAUAUGUAGCAGUCUUUCCAGAUGGUUCAGAGCAGAGAUGAGGAAGCUGCCCCACCCCUUCCACUGGCUCUGCAGCCCCCCACCCUCUUCAGGUUUAAGUCAAAAAUGUAGAUGCCUCAUAUGCACUUUACAGACAGGAGGGGGCCACAGAGAAGAGAACCCCCACUGCCAAUUCUGGCCUUCCCCCAGCCAGCAGGGCCCCGCAGGGCUUCCAACACCUCACAGGACCCGCAGCUACACCAACCAGUGGCUGUCUAUUCCCCGUCUGUACUUUUUUUUCUUGGUUUCUUUUUCCCAGAAAACAAAAGCUGUUUCAGGGGGAGAGGCUGGCCAGCCUACCUUGGGUUUGGGUGAUGACGUGCUACCCUUUUCUAGCAGGAAAGGGCGGAACGGGAACAGACCUGUUGCCAGCCUUUGCCGGCCACGCACUGUGCUAUAUCCUCUGAUGCCACUCUCCAGGCCCCGCCCCCCCACCCCAUUUUUCUUUCUGAGCUCGGGGUAUUUAUAGACUGUUAAUUUUCUGACUGAGCCAAUAGUAGUUGGGAAUCCCUUGAAAAAUCAGGAGAGAAAUGGCUGUGGGGCCAGGGAGAUGCCCCCGGCCCUACUUCUCAGCCCAACCUGAGAGAGCUGGGCCUGUGGACUGUCUGGGGGUGGCCCUCCAGCAACCUGGAGGGGAGGGGGUGCUGAGCUGUGAAUCGCAUGUUUAGGGGCUACACUGUGUAGCAUUAACCCCCUGGGGGGGGUUGCUGCUGGUCUAAUUUGGAACCUCCCCAUUCAUGCCCAUUCCCCAGGGGUCUUUGGCCCCUAGAGCAGAGGGACAGACCCCCUCCCUAUUGGGGCCAUUUCAGUGGGGGUGUUUAUUUUUCAUUCACUUUUUUACUGAUAAAUGGAGAUGUCUGGGCCUCCCCCCCCCCACACCACCACCUGUCUGUCCUAUAGAACACCCCACCCCUUGCCUGUCUCCCUCCCUUUGUCCUACCUGUAGAUGAACCCCAGGUCCUCGACCCUCCCCCUUAUGUGUUUCAAGUUAAUGGUUUCAGAUGUGAACAUCAUGUGUUAACUGUAGCUCUGUAAAUUUUUUUUGUGGGAGGGUGGGCUGGGAGGGGUCAGAGGGUUAGGGGUCAAGGAUUUUUUUUUUUCCAAAAGGGGAAAAGGGCGGGUUGUUUUUGAAGAAUUGUCCUGGAUAUUUAAAUGUGUGUUCUCUUGUUUUGUUUUGUUUUUUUAAACAAUUUUUAAGUAAUGUCUGUAUCCCCAGGGUCUGAGGGUUGAAGCCCCAGGCAGGAACAGGCCCUGCCCAGCCCCCAGCCCUCACUAUGGCUCCCUGAAGAAAGCAUUACCCGCCCUGGGGGUGGGGGUCAGGCUGUGAGGUGUGCCUGCACCUUUCGUGAGUUUCCUGUAUGAAAAGAAAAAAAACCUACACAAACACAGUGAUUUCAAGUAAUAAAGAGAAAAUGACACAAGUGAAA